AAUAACUAUGGCGGCCACGUGGAUGUACAACGUGUUUGCUGGAGCAGAAACUGGCAUUUUGAAAGGCAUAAAUACUGGAGAGAAAAAAUGGGAAAAUCUUAACUCAAUUGCCGAUGCUAAAAAAAGCAAGGAGAUUUUGACUCUCUGCUGGGAAACUGACAGAGAGAACAAAAUUUGUGCUGGUCGACGCGACAACACCAUCAUAACAUGGUGUGCAGAGAAACAAAUCCAAGAGGAAGGUGAGUUCCAGUGCGAAUCUGGGGGUCAUAUUAAGACCAUUGCAAAGCUGAACAAUCACUACAUUACAGGGUUUAGCAAUGGAGUGGUUAAGUUUUGGCAUGAUGACGCAGUAACAACGUUGGAAAGUGGAGAAAAUCUCUACGCUUUUGCACAAAGCAGUGUAGAAGGAAACAUCAUUGCCACUGGAGGUAAAGAAAAUCCUUUAAAACUGUGGGAUUUGAUUAAAACUAAUCAAGAAAUUUUUACAGCCAAAAAUGUGAGAAAUGACUGGCUGAAUCUGCGGGUGCCAGUGUGGGUAACGCGGGCAGCAUUUCUUGAUGCCAGAAGACGGAUUGUGACAGGGACUGGAUAUCAUCAAGUUCGACUCUACGACCCACUUUCGCCUAUGCGCCGCCCGGUGCUAGAUAUGACUUUCAGAGAGCAUCCAGUGACAGGUCUUUCAGUUCGUCCAGGCAUGGAACUGCAGGUUGUAGUGGGCAACACACAUGGAGAUAUGGGACUGCUAGACCUUCGCAAAGGAAAGAUGGUGAAUCUUUUUAAAGGAUUCAGUGGAGGUAUUACUGAUAUUCAGUGCCAUCCAACUGCACCGUUCAUUGUGUCUUGUGGGGUUGACAGAUAUGUGCAUGUGCAUAAUAUUGAAUCUAGGGAACAUGUACAUAAAUUUUAUCUCAAGUCACGUUUGAACUGUGUUUUACUCUCCAACGUCUGGUCAGAUGACUUGCAAAGGAGUGGGGCAAGUGCAGAGAGUGGAAAAGUGACCCAGAGAGACAGUAUGGAGAACAUUGAUUCAAUGGAAGACAUAGACAGUGACAUAUGGGGCAGCUUUGAUGUUGUGAAAACUCAAACAGUAAAGAAAUCUGCCAAGAAGCGUAAACUAAAAAUGGAAGUAAAAUGAAAAACAUUUGUCCAGAAUCAUAAGACGAAGAAAAAAAGAGGUAGUGUUGGUAAUGGUGUGCUUAGAAAUUUGCAUACAGUUAAUCAGUCAAGAAAUAAAGUGUGGCUGUCAUGAAAGACUAAUAUUUGUAUGGCUUUAUGCAGUAUAGUACAAUAUCAUAUAUUGUAAUACUAAGAGAGAGCACCGUUGGUCAGAUUGUGCUUAUGUCUAAAAUUGAUGACAUUGAUCUUCAUCCAAAGGCCUGUCACCCUGACAAUAUGAAUCAGGUGUUGUAGGUUUAAAUCUUGGCUCCGAUACACAUUUCUAAUGCUAUGACCCCUGCUGACAGCUUAUUGUCUGUCGACGGUGUUUGUCUAGUGCUCUGGUUUUCUUCACUGUGUGUGUUCAUGUUUGUUUUUUCAAAAUAUUUCCUCUUUGGCUGUGUGUGUGACCUGACCUCUUGUGCUCUACAUACUGGUUAUAAUGAUUUACGUGUAUAAAAGUAUAAUGACUUGUAAAGAAAUGUUAAAACAGUAUACAUAUACAUUAAUUUAAUUUUGACUAUUAAAAAUGGUAACAAUGCAGUUGGAUAAAG